AUUUACUGGGCUUCUUUCUUGAGAAAGUGAUUCUCUUCACGUCGCCAAAAUUUUGUUUUUUUUUUCUUUUUUUCUUCUUCCGACGAAUGCUCAGAUCGUUCAUUUAACCGGCAUCGAAUCUCCAUCUGUAAUAAGUGAAGCCAUUGUUUCCGGCGAUAACCUGUUAGAACCCGGCGGUGGUGUCUUUCGUUUGAUUUCCAGGCAAAUAAAUUCUAGCAAAACGUUACGAGAAUCAGAUUCAUUCCAAUCCUCACACGAUCUGUCAUUCAAUGUAUCCCCAUUAUUACUAUUGUGUACUCAUCCACUAUAAAUAGGUUAUCUCAUUCCAUCAAUAUUCAUAUUAUUCAUUCCUCUCCAUCAUAUAAAUUUCUAUACUUUCAGAGUUAAGAUUGACUAACUCCGCUCUCUUCCUCGCCGACUUGAGGGCUGGCCAUCUAACCACCACCGUGGACGUCCGCCUAUUUUGGGAGGCGAGGUACGUGAAGCGAGCUUAUGGGUACAGACAUGCACAUCCUCACGCAAAGAAGUAUGUUCUAUCUCCACCGUCGAGGUCCGCCUCCUAAAGUUCUGGAAUGUGAAUGCUCCUCCUCGACGCAAAGGCCAUGUAUUGAUCAACUUUCGUUUACCCUAUUCUCACUCCUCUAUCUCCUACUUUUUCUCCGCCGUGAAAUGGGGAACUGUUAUGCAGUGGAGACGGCUACGGCGGGUUUAGAACGACCAAACAGCAAGUCGGAUAGAAUUUAUUAUGCAGAUGGAACCUUCGUAUAUACAGAGCUUGGUGGAAGAAUAAUGUGGACUGAAUACCAGUCUAUUAUUGCGAAGUAGAAAGCGUUUCAGACAGUUAUUUUCCUUGAGCAGGUUAGGUAAUAUGUCUUUUCGAGUAUAUGUAUAUGGUAAUGUAUUAUGAUUUAUUUGAUGUUUCCAUGUUGACCUUCUUAAAUUAAUAUACUACCAAAAUAAUAAUCUCAGUCGUAAGUGUACAUACUCACUUUACUGGUAUCAACCAAGCGACUAAAAUGAUCCCGUUCUUCUUUCAAGUCUACCAUUGUAUGUCUCAAUGUUUUUGAUGUUCAAGCCAGCCAAAUUCACUAGAAAUUAGUUGGGGUGGGUGUGGAGCCAAAGGUCAUUCUUGCCACCAGCAUUAAUCUCAAGUUUGUUGGAGGUCACAGGCAUCUCCCAACACACUCUGUAAUGUUUGCGGAUAUAAAUUUUUGGAUACUCGCUACGCUUAACUUGCAGGAUGCCUACUUCUGAAUGCAACAUCAGGGACUAAAAACUUGGACAAUAAAACAAGUGAAACCUUCCUGGUUGGGUAAGUUGCUCAGACAUGAUGUUGCAAGUUUAUAUUCUUUGGAACUUGCAAGUAAAGGGAUGAUGGUUUGACUAAUCGCAUUUUGGGUGAGUCUAGAGCUAGCUCAUCCAUGAGUGCCACAUAAUAUGUUGGUGUGAAGAAAAUUAAGUCGGUAAUGGUGUUCGAGCUAAAUUCAUACGUCCACAACUCUCCUCUCCAUGUAUAAACCGUCUCUGGUCUACCCUCUUAUAAGUUAACAUAUCUUUUGAGUUAGUAACGUCCCUAGCUGCAUUGCGCAAUAGUGAUGAGUUUCUCUGCAUGAACAAAGUUGAGAGCAUUGAGACAAGCAAUGGAUGGAGCUUACAUGUGUGCCCUGCAUCUGCUUAGAUGGUGACAAGUUAGCUGAAACUGCUACCGGGAGCGGUGAGGCCCCAGUGAACCAAAUGCCAACACUCGAUGAAACCAAAACAGCUGCUCAAUCAACUCUUUGCGGGACCUAGGCAUCAGAACCACAUGUUGCAUCAAUGGAGAGGGCACUGAAAAAAUCACGCAAUGCUUAGAUGUAUAAGUUACCCAUAUGAAUAGUUUUCUUAAUUUUCUAAGUCUUUGUUUCCAUUUUUUAUUCUAAAACAUCUGUUUUUAGUUUCAUUUUUUAUGACAAAGAAAUAACAUAAUUUGAAUAUGAUUUAA